AUGGUCCGGAAUUACAUACGUAAGAAAGCUCCUCCAGCCUAUAGCAAAAACGAUUUGAAAGAGGCAGUACAAGCUGUGCAAAGAGGUACUCUAACAUUAUAUAGAGCUGCAUUAUUGUACAAAAUACCCAAAGCUACUUUAUUUACUCAUAAUGGAGUUCCUGGCAAUGAUUAUUUCGUCAGAUUCACGAAAGCAUUUCAUUUAAGCCAGAAAAAACCGCAAUCUGUGGAAGUGGCUCGAAAGAGGUCUAUGGAUCCAUUUGUUAUGUAUGAUUACUUCAAUAUCCUCAAACAGCAUAUUGAAAAUAUCCCAGCAUCGCAAAUUUAUAAUAUUGAUGAAACCGGUUUCUGCCUGGAUCCAUCCCGGAUAAAAGUUGUUGGAGAGAAGGGUAGAGCAGCCCAUAGGACAACAAGUGGUCCAGGACGAGAGAAUAUAACAGUUCUCCUUGGGGGAAACGCUGCAGGUGAAAAACUUCCUCCACUCGUAGUGUUCAAGGGUAAACACAUAAUGGAAUAG